AUGUAUGACGUGGUUGACCGCCUCAGGAGCGGAAAGUGCCAGUUUUCAGAUAUCAAAUUUGUGAAAGAGAAGGAGGAAUUGGGGUACGAGCAACACAACAAAGACAUCUUUGAAUCACUUUACAACAACAAUACCGGGGAAUACACUCUUAUUAACACCGACGUCAAAGUUCAUCGGUAUGUCUUAGUGAGUCGGUGCGAUUUUUUUAAACAAUACUUCUCGAUGCCUUCACAAGAGAAAUUGGAGCUCUCGGACGAUGCUUUAAAGGCUUUAAUAGACUGGAUAUACAUCGACAACUCUUCGCCGGAUAUGAAGAUCUGUGUGGAAAUCCUUAACUUUCUCCAGAAGUAUCGUGUGAACGAGCCAAUUGAGUGCUUCACAGAGCAAAUGGUCGACCUUCUGUCAGACUCCCUUCGCGAAGGGAAUGUAUCGAUGUGGGAAAUCCCAAAGGCAUUUUUCUUAGUCGACGCUCACAGAAGAUACUUUGACGCUGCAUUUCGAAGAGUCAGUGAGAUAGUUGUCGACUAUGCAAUUGGAGCGAAACGACCUGAGAUGAUGGGAGAGUUGCUUCCGUACUGCCUGUUCGUUAUUAAAGACAAACUCCAAUUUCCAUCCAUCAAACAACAUGAGAAGAAUAAGAAGCACAAAGCUAAGAAGAAAGUUGAAGAGGUGGACACUGAUUUUACAUUAACAUUACUUCACCAAGAGAAAUUGAAUAAACCGAUUGCACCGAAUAAAGAGGAAAAGGGGGAAACGACGAUCAAUAGAAAAUUGGAGAAGAAAGAAACGAAGGAAAGUAAAGAGAAAAGGGGGAAGAGCGACACUGGAAAGAAUAAAGAGAAGCACGAGAAGAAAGUGAAGCGAGAGAAAGACCUAGACGAGGACAAAUUUGAAAUUGAACUUCCUAAGGUGGAGGAAGACACGGGAAUGAAAGUGGAAAGUCCAAUGGAAAUUGACGCGUUUGAAAUUGUUGUGAAAGAAGAAAAGGUCGAACAACCAAUUCAAGAGAUUGUGAUGUCAAACACGUUGCCACGACAUCCAAUGAACAAAACAAACAUCACACAAUUGAACAAACUCAUCCAAUCACUCUCAAAGAACAAAAAUGCAUACGCCUUUAUGGUUAAGGUAGACCCGGAAGCUAGUGGUGCCUUGAACUAUUACGAUGUUAUUAAACACCCAAUGGACUUGGGAACAGUCAAAAAGAAAAUCAAAGACAAACAAUACACUUAUGCAGAAGAUGUCCUCGAUGAUAUUGCACUCAUAUGGGCAAAUGCAUUCACAUAUAAUACCGUCGGGUCGGAGAUUUAUAAUAUGGCAAAGUCACUUUCAGACUUAUUCAACCUUAAAAUACAAACUAUUGUAUUCACUUCGGAGUGA